GUCAGCUUCACUGAUUUCAAGAAUUUUAUCUUUAAUAUGCGAAACCCCAGCCAGGAAAUUGCUCUCAAACUAUUUGAUAUCGUACAUAAACGGCAUAACCAAAGCGAUAGAAAUAAUAUCCUAGGUGAUCAGUUUUGCAGUACGGCAAAAAGAUGGCUCAUACUUGCCGUGAAAUACAAAUUCAGGCGACUCAGCGAAGCGAUAAUCCAGAUUCAUAGUAUAAAAACAUUAUUAAUUAAGGAAGCCAUGGCCAAAGUAGCUAUUGUUAACUGGGAUAAUCUUUUCUGUGAAUAG